AUGGCCCCGUCGCCCCUAGCCAUGGCCCCUCGCGACCUGCCGCCCCUAACCGCGGCCCCGGUGCCCUGUUGCAACGUGGUGGCAGAGGGGGGGAGGGGAUCUGCAGCACCGACCCCCCCCCCCCUCAUCCUUCUCCUACCUCCCCCUGCUGCGGGUGCAGCGGUGGGGGGGAGGGGAUCUGCCAUCCCCCUGCUGCGGGUGUGGCGGUGGGGGGGAGGGGAUCUGCAGCUCCAGGCCCCCCCCCCCCCCCCCCCUUCUCCUCCGUCUCUCUGCUGCAGGUGCAGCAGUGGGGAAGGGUAUGGGGGUGGCGGGUGUGGCCAACCUGCUGUCGCCCGAGCGGCUCCUGCACCGCCCCUUCUCCUACCUCCCCCCCUGCUGCGGGGGCAGCAGUGGGGGGGGAGGGGAUCUGCGGAACCAGCCCCUCCCCCCCCCCCCCCCCCCCCCCUUCUCCUACCUCCCCCUGCUGCGGGUGCAGCAGUGGGGGGAGGGGAUCUGCAGCACCAGCCCCCCCCCCCCCCCUCCCUGCUCCUACCUCCCCCUGCUGCGGCAGUGGGGGGAGGGGAUCUGCAGCACCAGCCCCCCCCCCCCCCCCCUCCCUUCUCCUACCUCCCCCUGCUGCGGGGGCUGUGCAUGGAGCUGCAGAUGCGCGUGCAGAGGGCAGCAGGGCGCACAGGGCAGCAGGGCAGCAGGGCGUGCGGGGCGCACAGGGCUGCAGGGCGCGCGAGGGUGCGCAGGACAGCAGGGCGCGCGGGGCGCGCAGGGCUGCAGGGCGCGCGGGGCGCGCAGGGCAGCAGGACAGCAGGGCGCGCGGGGCGCGCAGGACAGCAGGGCGCGCGGGGCGCACAUGGCAGCAGGGCAGCAGGGUGCGCGGGGCGCACAGGGCUGCAGGGCACGCAGGACAGCAGGGCGCGCGGGGCGCACAGGGCAGCAGGGCGCGCGGGGCGCACAGGGCUGCAGGGCGCGCGAGGGCGCGCAGGACAGCAGGGCGCACGUGGCGCGCAGGGCUGCAGGACAGUAGGGCGCGCGGGGCGCGCAGGGCUGUAG